AUCCACCCAUCGUCCGCAUCCUCACUCUCCUAUGCAACUUCCAUCCGAAAUCGUUCGUCAGGUCAUCCGCGAGGCCACUCGUCUUCCCUUUGCCUUUGACACCGACCUCGAUAACAUCCUCAAUGAGUCGCGUGCCGCUGUUUACGGCGAGAUAUACGACUCUUACGCGCUCAAACGUGCCCUCAGCCUCGUAUCCAAAGAAUUCCACUCCGUCACCGACCAGUUCCUCUACGAAAUCGUAGUCAUCCGUUCUUACUUCCACCUCUGGCCCGUCCUCCAGCAGCUUCAGCGCAAAGAAGACGACACCACGCGAGGCUGGUACGUUCGUCGCCUCGACAUUGAUCUCGGUUCCGAGAACCAUUCGCACGACGGCUGGUCCUGGGGCAAAAACACCCUCUGGGGCCUCCUCCCCGCCUGCCCCAACCUCGAAGUCCUCAUCUGCUCCCUCGUUAUUCCAUACCACUUCGUCCCCGACCGCUCAUCAAUCCCCAUCAUCGAGUCCAGCUACUUUGAUGCACCUACAACACUCCUUCAAUCCAUCGCGACGACGCCUGGGCCAAGAUUGCGCCGUCUGGAGCUGUUGGGGCAGAUGGCUGUGUGUGCUGACGAGGCAGAGACGCUCGUACAGCGAUUACCCAAGCUCGAGGUGUGUAGGUUUGCCGGGUUGCGGGAGCCGGCUCCCCCAUUUGGAGUCAUGGCGGAUUUGGAUUGGAAUGGGGAUGGAGACGAGUGGGAUUCGUUGGCGGACUUGCAGCCGGAGCUCCACAGGGUCGUUUCAGCACACAAAACGUUCAGCUGGCCAGCCGCCUCUCCUCCUACCGGUCUCCAUACGCUCGACUGUGGCGAGUACGUGCGGGGGAUGACGGAUUGGCAGAUCCCAUCGCUUCGAAGUCUUACCGCACGGCUGUCUCGGUGGCGUGGCACCAAUCAACUACCCAUUCUUCGCGCAUCCAUCCAUGACCAUACUGCCAAACACUCCUUCGCCUCUAUAACUCACCUCGCCCACUCGGGUCCCGCGUUCGACGUAUGGUCCGUCAUCGACUGUCUUCCCAACCUCCAGUGGCUUGGCCUCGACCUCCCUCGUCUCGGCGUCCAACAGGGCAGCGGUCCUAGCCAACCACACAACUCCCUCUCCACUAUCGUUCUGCGAGCGUCUGUGGUUCCGGACUCGGAAAAUUCGACGACGCAGGCAUUCCCGAAGAGCGUGCUGAGGGCGAAGAGGGAGGGAUUGUUGACCGAGUUCAAGACUUUGAGGUUGGUGGGGUUGGCGGAUGCGGUCAAUGCGGAGAAGAUCGAGCAGGUGAGAGUGAAGUUCGAGAAUGUCGGAGUGGGGAUGCCAAUCGUGGAUGAGGUUGGGUCUUAUGAGCGAGGGGCGACGUUGUGGACGAACUAUGUCGAUCGCAUUAGUAAGUAGACGGUAUCGAUUCCAUUCGUGGCAAGUUCGCCGUUUUAUCUUCAUACGCACACCUAUACCUUUUUUCUGUCGGGUUCUUUAGCUCCAAUUCUGCCUAUUUCUGCGGUAUUUCUUAUCUCAUGUACCAUACUUGCGUUGGUGACGAUAGCAGGGGCUCUUGCGGUAUUGUACAAUGUGUAACGGCGCUACGUAUACAAAUUUUACUUGAC